CGAGUCCGUUCUCCUCUAGCUGCAGCGGUAUCACUCCUGUGCCUCUCAGUCUCUCGCUGACUAAUGUGAAUGUAAAUCCCCGUCGCUGGUCCCUCUCUUUCUGUUUCUCUUUCUCAGCGGAGGACCAUGGCGGAGUACGACCCGGUAAUCCCCAAGGAGACGGCGGCGGUGCAAGCCCUGAACACCAUAAUACAGCUUCACUUCGAGAAGACCCUGGAGAAGAAGCGCGCGGUCGACCUCCAGAAGAAGGAGCUCUGGAAGCUCUUCGCUGCCUUCUUCCUCUUCUUGGCGGUGGUAUUCGCCGCCGUGUCCGUCUCCCCCCGCCUCCAGUGCCGCCACAUCUGGAUCCCCAUAUCUCUCCUUUCCCUGGCCCACCUCAUCUUCUACAUCGCCGUCGCCCAGACCCUCCGCUGCAUCAACGCCUUCAAGUACCAGCGCCGCUGCCACAAGCUGACCCUCGGCCUCGCCACCGACCGCCUCCGCCGCCUAAAGAUGCGCCUCAGAACCGGCGGCCAUGCCAUCGACGCGGGCGAUGAGUAUGAGGAGGAGUUGGAGAUAAAUUACCAGGAGCCGCCGGAGAGUUACAUGGGCAAGUUCAGGAGGAAUUGGGCGUUGCACUUUGGGUUCUUGAUCCUGAUUUAUGGAUUCAUGGUGUCGUCAUCUGUUGUGCUUCUGUGUUUCUAGCUAGAUGUUAUGUACUAUGGAUAGAUGCAUUAAUGGUAAUUGAAAAUGGUAGGUUAAUUAUUCGUUUUAUUAUGAGUUGAUCGAUCUUCAAUCUUCAAAUUUCAAUUCAGUGCAUUUAUAUUUGGA